UCCCCUUCCAAAAACACUACUCACCGGCGUGCGGAGGCGGAGCCCAGCCAGAACCUUGCGUCUAGGGUUGCCGCCAUCAUGGCCUCCUCCCACUCCGGCAUCGAGCUCGAUGGGGACCUCAGCCUCCACAAGCAGAUGGCGAGCAAGAUGGACCUGCGGGGAGCCAAGGACUCCGACGGGAAUACCGCGCUCCAUUGGGCUGCGUCUAGGGGCCGCCUGGAGAGCUGCCGGUUCCUGGUGGAGGAAUGUGGGCUUGAUGUCAACGCGGUGUCCAAAUUAGGUAUGACGCCGAUGUCUUACGCCGCACAUGAGGGGAAAACCCAGGUUAUUAGGUACCUUCUCGAUCGUGGCGUCGACCCUGCGAUGCCUGAUGAGAGGGGCACCACACCGCUACACAAUGCAGCACUGCAAGGACACUGUGAGGUUGUGAAGCUAUUGCUUUCUCAAGGAGUUCCUGUGGAUCCGAUUGAUCAUCGGGGGGCGCCAUUACAACUGGCUGUUUCAAAAGACCAUGCUGAGGUUUUGAAGGUUCUGUUGGAACAUUCUGCUGAUCCAAAUAAAGUCGCAAAUAAAGUAUAUUCACCUGUCCUGGCCGCUUGCUAUUGGCAGUCCUUGAAAUGCAUCAAGCUACUGAUUGAGGCUGGUGCUGAUGUGAAUGCUCAUUGUUACCCUGGACCAACUCCUUUAAUGAAAGCAGUUAAUGAUGGCUUAACCGAUUUUGUCAAGUUGCUCCUAGAUGCUGGGGCUGACCCUAACAUUCCUACCCUGGAACUUGGUGUAAUUCCACUCGAGCUAGCAGCAGCUCACGGUCGACGUGACCUUGUUGAAGUUCUGUUUCCUCGGACAAAACCAAUUCCAUCUCUGCCAGAUUGGAGUGUUGAUGGUAUAAUUAGAACUGUGAAUUCUCGGUGCAUUAACCCUCUUCAGGCAUGUACAUAUUUUUUUAUUACUUCAUUCCAGGUUAUACUCAUCAAGCUUAAUGCGUGA